AUGUCAUCCGCUGAGAGUAACUUGCCGUCUAGUGACGGCGAGAGGUCGGCCCGCCCGGUGCCCUCUGGAUUUGAAUGGUGGAGACGUACUCUUGAGUAUAAAACUGGGCUGGGUCUUACCGCCGAGUCUAAAGAGCAGUAUGAGCAGGAUCUGGCAGCCAAAAUUAAGGAUGAUCAGUGUAAACGAUGUUAUGAAUUUAGAGAUUGGAUGUUAAACUUUAGUCCUACAGUCAGAUUUAUGGCUGAGCAAAUAUCUAAAGUUGGGGGUAAUAUUAACUCUCGAAAUAUUAUUUGUGAUGAAUGUGAUGAGUUUAAAAGUGGAGGUUUUCAUCCUGAACUUGGUAUUUUAUUAUGUCAGAAUCGUAUAUAUAGCAAGUGGCAUCUAGAAGACACUUUAUCUCAUGAAAUGGUACACGCAUAUGACCAUUGUAAAUUCAAUGUUAACUGGAGCAAUUUACAACACCAUGCGUGUUCCGAGAUUAGAGCGUCCAGUUUAUCAGGUGAAUGCCGAAUGAUGAAUCAGGUAGUCCGCAAUGGUAUCUGGAAGAUAUCAAAGGGUCAUCAAGACUGUGUUAGACGUAGAGCUACUUUAUCGGUUCGAGGAAAUCCGAACUGCAAGAGUGACGAAGAAGCAGCCAAGGUUGUCAAUUCAGUGUUUGACUCUUGCUUUGCAGACACCCGGCCCUUUGAUGAAAUUUAUAGGUAA